GUCGCACCCUGACGAGGAAUGCGUUAAUCAGUGAUUUUUUAUUUUCUCGUGGACGGCGAAGUAAAGGGUCCUAAUUUAUUAAAAUAGUUACGAAUUUAUCGAAGCUGUUCACCUCGGUGACAAAAGAAAAAAAGUCCUAGCAACUGAGGACUUAAAUGAACUUGUAGAAUGAGUUCACUUCAGCAAACCGGUCGAUUCCUGCCGUUCACGAAUAACAAUAUUCAACGUAAACAAUUAUCCACUCAAGGACUGCCACAGAGCUUGAGUGGCAGUGAUACAGAUGUAUCAACAUCGAACGAAAAUUUGAGUAAUGAGGAGAGGUACGUGAUAAGACAUACAGCUAGACAGGAGCCCCAAGGACAGGAGAAUCAGCAGCAGAGUCCAUCGAGAUCAUCAAGUCAUAAAGAAAACAUACCAAAUAUUCAAGGUUCAAUAAUAAACCGAAAUAGUCUGAAGGAUUCUCUAACUGGCUCGAACCGCAACAGCCUGAAAGAAUCACUGAACGGUUCAAACCGAAAUAGUCUGAAAGACAGUAUCAACGGUUCGAAUCGUAACAGCCUGAAAGAAUCCCUGAGCAAUCGUACAAGUGUGGGAUCAAACCGAAGUAGUUUGGAUAUCUCCACGAGCUCCUACAACACGCUAAUAAUCCACAACGCCAACGACGAGAACAACUGGUCACCAUCGGGUCGUCUCUCCUCGAUAGUCCGUGAAAACGUAGACAUGGGUUAUCUGUACUGCGAGGGAAGUGGAAAGGGUCUCUCAAGUCCAACAAUGCAGUCCCUCUCGAGUAUAACCCACGAGGACAGAUACUACGAUCAGGCCAACAGCUGUCAGGAGAUAACGGACAUCCCUGAUGAUUACCUGAGCCAAUCCCAGGUGCUCAAGCACUUGGCAAAGGAAGUUAAACCCUCGUAUCCAAAAACCAAACAGAACAGCAAUGAGUUUACGGACAGGCCACCCCCCAGCUACACCACAACCCUCAACCCCUUGAAGUCUAAGCGACUGCUGGGUCCCACCGAGAAACUCACCCUCUCCAGGUCACAACCUGAUUUAUCAAGAAUUGGUAGACUCGAUCUUGAUGUUUAUGAUCAACCAGUGACAUCGCCGAGACCCCAGACAAAGGGUCGAGAAGAAAUCGAGAGAAGCUCGAAUGAGAUUUGGCCCCCAUCAGAAAUGGUCCAGAUUGUCAUCCAGGAGAACAGUGCACUCAAGCUCGAGCUGGAGAGAUGUUACAAUAAAGUUUCAAAGUCCCAGAAGCUGGAGCAGGAAAUAUCAAAGGUUCACAGGGCUCACGAGGAAUUGGCAGCGUCGUGCGAGAGGAGGGAAAAAUUGGAGAGAGCUGCGAGGCUGAGGCUCCAGAAUGACGUGAGAAGACUGACAGAGUUGAAUCGAGCACUCAGAGAUCAGAUUGAUCUCUUGUCAUCUAGAUCAGACAAUACACCAGUCGUUGAGUCAAUGAAGAAAGAGUUGACGCAGAGGGAAUUGCUCAUUGGACAGUUGAUAACCCAAAAUAAGGAGUUGGCAGCUGCCAAGGAGAGACAGGAGAUUGAAUUGGCUGCUCAGAGGGCAACACUCCAGGAGCAGAGAACGCAUAUUGAUAUUUUGGAUACUGCAUUGACGAAUGCACAGGGAAAUGUGGUGAGGCUUGAGGAGGAGUGCAGGAAGAAGCAGGCGUAUGUUGAGAGGGUGGGACAGCUGCAGAGGGCUUUGUCCUCGUUGCAGGCGUCUUCUGAUAGAAGGGAGGAAACUGAGAGGCAGCUCCGGGGUCAGCUUGAGAGGGAACUCAGGGAAGGGGGUAUGGGGGGCGAGGGGAUUGCCAGUGGUGAAACUGUUGCUGAAUUGAGGAGGAGGAUGAGGGAGAGGGAUGAGAAGAUCAUGUCACUUGAAGGGGAUGUCGCCAAAUGGGAGCAGAGGUAUCUCGAGGAGAGUGCACUCAGGCAAGCUGCCAUCGAUGCUGCUAGUCUUCCAAAGGACGCCAAGAUAGCAGCCCUGGAGAAGACCAGCCAAGAUGCUGAAAAACUCAUCGCCGAAGCGAGAUCCGAAAAAAUGAGGCAUCUAGACGAAGUACAUGCGGCUCACAAGAAACUCGCUGACCUUGAAUCUAGAAUGAAAGAUCUUGAGUCAAAGCUUGCAGAGAGAGACGCAAUGAUACGCGUACUUCAGAAACACACGUACGAUAAAGAUAGUAGCAGUAGCAGUGGAGUUGGUAGCUAUCCAGCUGCACAUUCCUCGCACUCUAGUACAUCAGCGGAUCAUACCGGUUUGACCAGUACUCCAGAGCUCGUACGUAUGUCAGCAGCUAGCAGUGUUCUUGGUGGUGGUGGUACGUACGGUAGUACUGGUACUUACGGUGUCACUGACAGCUACAAGUACAGAAAACAGGGUAGCUUCGAGCAGACGAACAAGAGCCUCGAUGAUCAAUUGAAAGAACUCGACUCACAGCUACUCAGCAAGCGGGCACUUUGCUGUUUUCCAGGAUUCUCUAAUCCAGGCACUGCGUCGAGAAAAGGAAAAAUAUCCAAGCCAUUAUUGGCGGGUGUAGAUAGCGCAGGUAGUUCAAGUACAGCAUCGAGUAAGAGUCGUUUGUUGGAUGACAGUGGUGUUGAGGCUGGAAUUAUUGAAUUUGGUCGAAUGAAAGGUACAGUAUCCCGUCUGUCCGAUGGUAAACCAGAGGACAUGAUGCUGCUGGAGAAGCAGGGUAGAAGCUCCCAGAGACAGAGAAUGCAAGAGGGUGAGCAGAGAAGAGCAGGAAGUCUGCCACCGAGUUCAUUGCCAAGACCACCGAGGGCCCUAAAAUCAUCGCGUUACUGCAGACUGAGUGAUACCGAGACAAGAAAAAAAUCAGAUCCAGGUCCUGUCAUCGAUACUGGAAUUAAGACGAGAGAUUCAGGCAACUGUACCCUGGAGUAUGGGAGAUUUGACCUGAAGAAUCAACGGAGAAAGAAGUCAGAUGGUUUUGUCCAGGGGAACCUGAAGAAGCCAUCGAGUGGGGAAUACGAGAGGCUCGGGGAGACGAAGAAGAUCGGCGGUAUGGGAGAUGUGAAGCACAGGGAACAGCAGGGAAGAUCUCUCAUUCCACCGCCUUCUAGGAGAAUUGGGGAGUAUGGGAGGCUCAGUGAUGGGGAUGCCAAGGCAACCCUCAGGAAACAGGUCGGUAUGUCCAGGGGUCUCAGCACUGGCAGCACUGUGUCAAGCAAAAGCGGUGGAAGGGACUCCGGUGGAACUGCCAGUGAUGCAUCCAUAUCCAGUCUUCCACCUGUCAAAGCUAGAUCAAUACCCAGGCCAAAUUAUCGGAUUCAAUUCUGACUGUAAGGAUUCAGUCUGAAAGGCCUGUGUGAUUGUUAUAGCCAUCGAAUGAUUCGCCUUUUGAAUCCCGAUACGGCGUUUUGAGAAAUCCUUUUUUUUUCGCUUUUGCAGGGGCUAAAUGGACGAUGGGCAGCGCUUGUGCUCGUUUGGGAUGAUAAAGAUCUUUUGGAUCGGUUAAAGAUUCGAGGGAAUUCUAUUCACCUCGUGAUGGGGUAAUUUAAUUUUUUUUAAGUCUUCGGUCUGAAUGGACUUACGACUACUCAUCUUAUGUAUGCAGUGUUUUUUUUUCGAUUUUUUAAAUUCAUUUUGGGAUUUUAAUUUGGGAGGUAUUAGGAAUUGAUUGGAGUUAUCAUUUUGUGAGCAUCAGCGCCGCCACGCGGUCAUUUAACAUCGCACAUAAUCGCCUGAUUAUCGGGUUUUUAUUACCAAGCCAUAAUAAUUGAGUAUUUUCUCUUGAAUGUUUGAUAUAGGAAAACCAUCACAAGCCAUAAUGAAAAUCAUACCUAGAAGGUUUUUAAGGUAGAGUUAGUAUGGACUAGUCAUUACCAAAGUAACAAAUAUCUUCUCUUCCUAUGUACAAGACCGCGUCAAUGGCUUCCGCGUUUUUAUGUCAGGAACAUUUUUUUUUAAUAUCUUUUUCAUGUGUUUUAACCUCCAUGUUAGGCCUUGAACCAAUUUUUAUAUAAGCGUAUUCGGUCAGUAAAAUAUGUGCCUUUGAAAAUUGCAUAAGAUCCUGAUUUUUAUGUAGAAUAGAAUUUCACAAGACUGAGAAAUAGAGCGAAAAAGUAACUAAAAAUUCAUCCGUAUGUCUGUCAUAAACAUUGAGACGCCUCGGAAGCGUGAAAAAAUGUCUGAAAUGCGAAGAAAAAAUGAUUCCCCAAUUUCUCCGUCAAAGGGGAACGGAAAAGUCUGCAGGAUGGCUUAAAAAAUUGGUUCACUUCUGAGGUACAGAAUGAAAUGAACUGCAGGGAAUUUAAAGAGGCCAAAUGCUUUUAAUAACUGUUUAAAAGCGUGAGGUGGAAUCGUCGCCAUCUUUGCGGCCCUGACGGUUUUAAAACAAGAUGACGCCGAGAAAUCGUCCACCUCGUAAUUUUAAAUAGUCAUUUAAAUUAUUUAUCCUCAUCAGAUCACCCUCAAAUUGCCUUAUCGUAUUUUUCUGAAGUGAACUAAUCUAUUGUGCCGCUUUUCUGAUAGCUUUUCCCUUCAUUUCGGUCAUUAUUUUCCACUCCCGAGGCAUCUUAAUAGUUCGACGCGGUUCAUUUGACUAAUUCAACCAAAGUGUCGAUCCCUUCUUUGUUUUUCUUUAUUAUUAAAUAUAUUCAUUUGUAUCGGUAAUGAGAAGAUGACUAGUGAGGUAAUUCAAUAUUUAUUUGCGCUUGGGUUUGAAAGAUACAUUUGGAAGAAAUUCUAUCGUCAUUGAUGGCCGUUGUUGGUAAUGCUAACGAAGAGAAACCGAGAGGGAGUAUAUUAUACAUUUUUUGAUUGUGAUGUAGCGGUUAGCGUAGUGAAGUUAGAUAAUUCAUUUUUAUUUUCAUCUGUUGCUUUUUUUCUUUCGGUGUAACCAAUUGUACCGGUGUGAGCGAGAGGUGAUAAAAUCUGUUGCGAAGGGAUGAGUCCAAUCCAGAAUAUUUGAGUAAUUGUUUAAACAAAUACAAUGGAAUUGGGCUCACACCUUCGCUGAUGAUUUUCAAUUGUUAAUUAUCUUAAUCAGAACAUUUGUAUCACCAAAGAUGCAUCGAGUUGUUCGCGACCUGGCCAAAUAUUGUUCAAUUAAUAUUUCUAAGUGUUCUAGAGUCGCUAGGGAUGGGGUGAAUUUAAUUAGGAUCAAAGGACUGUAACGUUUGCUCUCUAUUUUUGAUACAGCCAUAUUUGAUUGUAUUUUUGUAGAUAAAAAUUUGUCAUCAGAUAUCGAACAGUGAAUGUUGUAAUACUCGUGCAAAAAAAAAAACAAAAUUUGUUAAAAGAGGGGCUAGAAAAUAGACAGUAAGCGUAUUCGAGAAUUGGAGGUGUAUGUGAGCUUGGAUUGAAGAAUACCCGUAAGAAAAUCCAACAUUGUAAUUUUCUGAUGGAUGAAAACUUGCGAUACAUGAGCAGUGGAAAUUUAAGGUGGAAAAUGAAGCAGGAGAGUAGUCUGAUGUAAACAAAUGUGUAAGAAAUACAGAGUCUGUUGUGAAUUUGA